AUGUUUCCCCCUCCACCUCCAGCUCCAGACAGUUGCAAGAAUCAGAUCAUUCUUAUCCCCUCCCUCGUGGCCGCACUUGUCAAAUUAAACAUCAAGACCUCAGUCGAGGAUCUCAUGAAGGCGGUACAUGAAGAGGACGAAGCCAGGUGUGUUAAAUCAAAUGAGGAGGCUGAACGUGCCUUAAUAUCCAACACCACUCUCCAGUCAGACUGGGGGGUCAAUGGUCCCGGCGCCCGUGCCGAUUUACUGGCGGAGGAACAUUGUUGUCGUCUUAUGGAUCUCAGCAGGGAGGCAUUCCCUGAUGGCAAAGUUCCAAAGAAUUUCUGA